GUUUUUAAUGCAAAAACAGCAGAGCUCUUGAGUCACCAUCAAGUUGAGAUACAGCAGAAAUUCCCUAAAGAAGGAUGGGUGGAACAAGAUCCAAAGGAAAUACUAAAGUCUGUCCAUGAAUGUGUCGAAAGGGCCUGUGAGAAACUGCAACAACUGAACAUAGACAUCACUAACAUAAAAGCCAUUGGAGUCAGCAAUCAGAGAGAAACAACAGUGGUUUGGGACAAGACAACUGGAGAACCUCUUUAUAAUGCUAUUGUGUGGCUUGACCUGAGAACACAGUCAACAGUUGAGCGGCUUCUUAAAAGAAUUCCAGGAAAAAACAAAGCCUUUUUUAAGUUUAGGACUGGUCUUCCACUUAGUACUUAUUUUAGUGCAGUGAAACUUCGAUGGCUUUUGGAUAACGUGGAAGAGAUUAGGCAAGCAGUUGAUGAUGGAAGAGCUAUGUUUGGGACUAUUGAUUCAUGGCUUAUAUGGAGUUUGACAGGUGGAAAGAAUGGAGGUGUUCACUGUACAGAUGUAACCAAUGCCAGCAGAACAAUGUUGUUCAACAUUCAUUCCUUGGAAUGGGAUCCUGAGCUCUGCCAGUUCUUUGAUAUUCCUAUGGAAAUACUCCCAAAAGUACGAAGCUCCUCUGAGAUUUAUGGCCUGAUGAAAAUCUGUCCUAGCCUGAAAUCUGGAGCUUUGACAGGGGUACCAAUUUCUGGGUGCUUGGGUGACCAGUCUGCUGCUCUUGUUGGGCAAAUGUGUUUUCAAGAUGGGCAGGCAAAAAAUACGUAUGGAACAGGAUGUUUCUUGCUGUGCAAUACAGGUCAGAAGUCUGUGUUCUCUGAGCAUGGUCUUCUAACCACAAUAGCUUACAAACUGGGCAGAGACAAACCUGUUUGUUAUGCACUAGAGGGAUCUGUUGCAAUAGCUGGUGCUGUUGUUCGUUGGCUGAGGGACAAUCUAGGUAUCGUUAAGACUUCAGAGGAAGUUGAAAAACUGGCCGCGGAAGUGGGGACUUCUUAUGGCUGCUACUUUGUGCCAGCAUUUUCAGGACUGUAUGCACCAUACUGGGAACCCAGUGCAAGGGGUAUUAUCUGUGGCCUUACUCAGUUUACAAAUAAAAACCACAUCGCCUUUGCUGCACUAGAAGCGGUCUGCUUUCAAACACGAGAGAUUUUAGAUGCCAUAAACAAGGAUUGUGGGAUACCACUAAAUCAGUUACAGGUAGAUGGAGGAAUGACCAAUAACAAAGUCCUCAUGCAACUCCAAUCAGAUAUUCUCUGUAUUCCAGUAGUAAAGCCAUCAAUGCCUGAAACAACAGCUCUAGGAGCUGCUAUGGCAGCAGGAGCUGCAGAAGGAGUUGGAAUUUGGAGUCUGAAUCCUGGAGAUUUGACAGCAGUGACAUGUGAACGAUUUGAACCACAGAUCAACCCAGAGGAAAGCGAAUUUCGUUAUGCCAGAUGGAAGAAAGCUGUGAUGAAAUCUAUGGGCUGGGAGACAUCUGAAGCUCCUCCAAAUGGUACUGGUAAAUGAGACUACUUAAUGGACUCUCUGGAUGCAGCUGAUUUUUUGUUUCGUUUUGGUUUAUUUUGUGAAGAGAUUCCACCACCAGUGUGAUUAUCCUACUUGUGUGUCUAAAUCCUUUCAUGA